UGCUUCCCAAGCCAGUCCGUUCCAAAAGAGCGUGGGCCCCAACAGACUGGGAGCCCCAAAUUUCCGCUUUCUAUAUAAACCCUUCCCGCUUCGCAGGUUCUUCAUUUCCAAAACUUUCUCCCAUCCGCCAUUGAUUUCUCGUCUCUGCUGUUCAGCCAUGUGUCCUUCCGGAACCGCCGCCAGUUACUCUGAUACCGCCCCCGCUUUCCGUCAGGCAUUCGAGGCACUCGACGCAGACCACGACGGAAAGAUUAGCCGCGACGAUCUUCGCAAAUUCUACAGCAAAGACGCCGACGAGGAUGCUAUUCGCUCGAUGAUAGCCGUCGCCGACUUGAAUCGGAACGGUUUCGUCGAAUACGAAGAGUUCGAGCGUGUAUUGUCCAGCGGACGGAGAAGAUCGACGGGGAUUAUGGAGGAAGUCUUCAAAACGAUGGAUAAAGACGGAGACGGACGGUUGAGCCACGCCGACUUGAAGAGCUAUAUGCAUUUUGCUGGAUUUUCGAUCUCCGAUGAGGAGGUUGAAGCGAUGAUUAGAUUUGGCGGUGGAGAUGAAUCUGACGGCGUUAGUUACGAAGGUUUGCUGAAGAUUUUGUCCGUUGAUAAUGUCUAUUAGUCUUAUUUUUCUGUUCAGAUCUGAAAUUUUAAAGAAAACCAUUUCUGGAAAAAAUUCCUUGCCGUAAGAACGUUCUCUCUGAAAAAGGAAAACGAAUUAACGUUUGAAGCGUUAUUUCCUGGACAAGUUUGUUGUGACUUGCUCAUCCUGAGCGUUGUAGACGUAUUCAAAUUUAUUAAAUAAAUUUAGUGUUCUGAGGGAAUCGAACAUCGAAAAUGCGGUUCUUGACUUAAGAACAAAAUUAUAUA